AUCCAGGUUCAACCCGCGCGCAUCAAGGAGUCACAUCGGACCCGGACCAGAACAGACAACGAUCACAAGCAGGAUAGAACCGAGCUGGACUCUCCUGCAUCUCUGUUUCUUUCUGCUCAGUGUGAUCGAACCCUUCCCGGUUCGGUUCGGAUAUUUUUUUUCUCUCUCUCUCUCUCUCCCUCUCUCUCUUUCUCUUUUGCGGAUAUUGGAUCUCGUUCUGUCCCGGUUCUGACCGAGAUGUGCCGGGACCUGAACCGGAUCGGAGCGCACCUCACGGGGCAGUGAACGCAGGACCACGGCGUGCCAAAGCGCGCGCCCACGGCCGUGCGCGUGAAUGAGGAGAUGGAUCGAAAAGUCCUGAGUCAGGUGGUCUGUAUGUGUUUUCUGCUGAGUGGACGAGUUUCCUCGCUGGAACUGACCUGUGAGACUCUGAUCCUGCUGUCCACCAACCUGACAGCGAGGACGUUGGUUCUGCAGAACCAGACAUUCACCGUCAGUAACUCAUCAGGUGUGUACUGUGACCUCUCUUUGGACGGCAUCGGGACCUGUUGGCCUCGUAGUGCAGCGGGAGAGCUGAUCUCCAGACCCUGUCCAGAAAAGUUCAAUGGCAUCCACUACAACACCACCAACCGGGUUUACAGAGAGUGCCAAUCCAACGGAACCUGGGCUCCUCGAGGGAACUACAGCCAGUGCACUGAGAUCAUCAUCCUGAGGAAGACCAAAGUCCAUUAUCAUGUGGCCGUGAUCAUCAAUUACCUGGGUCACUGCAUCUCUCUGGGAGCUCUGCUGCUCGCCUUCAUGCUCUUCAUGAGACUCAGGAGCAUCCGCUGUCUGAGGAACAUCAUCCACUGGAAUCUGAUCUCAGCCUUCAUCCUGAGGAACGCCACCUGGUUCAUCGUGCAGUUAACCAUGAACCCCUCGGUUACUGAGAGCAACCAGGUGUGGUGCAGGUUGGUGACUGCUGCCUACAACUACUUCCAUGUGACCAACUUCUUCUGGAUGUUUGGUGAAGGAUGCUACCUGCACACCGCCGUGGUCCUCACCUACUCCACCGAUAAACUCAGAAAGUGGAUGUUCAUCUGUAUCGGCUGGGGUAUUCCGUUUCCCAUCAUCGUGGCGUGGGCUUUUGGGAAGCUGUACUACGACAACGAGAAGUGCUGGUUUGGGAAGAAAGCAGGUGUUUUUACGGACUACAUAUACCAAGGUCCAAUGAUCCUGGUCCUGCUGAUUAACUUUGUCUUCUUGUUCAACAUCGUUCGUAUUCUGAUGACCAAACUGAGGGCGUCGACCACAUCAGAGACCAUCCAGUACAGGAAGGCGGUAAAAGCCACGCUGGUGCUGCUGCCUCUGCUGGGAAUCACCUACAUGCUGUUCUUUGUGAAUCCAGGAGGAGAAGACGAAGUGGCUCAGAUCGUCUUCAUCUACUUCAACUCCAUCCUGGAGUCUUUUCAGGGUUUCUUCGUCUCCGUCUUCUACUGUUUCCUCAACAGUGAGGUGCGCUCCACGGUGAAGAAGCGCUGGUUACGCUGGCACGAUCGCCACUCCAUCCGCAGCAGGACGGUCCGCGCCACAUCACUGCCCACCUCUCCCAGCAGAGUAUCCUUCCACAGCAUCAAGCAGUCCUCCAACCUCUGAUCGUCCAAUCACAGCCACCCGACGUGGACCACCCCAAGCAAUCAGAACUCCACACUUGGACUGGAUUAGAGCAGCCAAUCACAGUGCAGGACACACUUUUACGAGGCCAAUCAGAACGAGAUCGGUCGGUCCAGACUGUUUCAUGUGCUGACCAAUCAGCUGCUUUUAAAUGGUCAUAUGACACACAGGGCAGCUAUGCUAUUAUUUAUCAAUAUGUAUUUAUUGAUCCGUUCCGUCUAUGCUUAUAAUAUUGAUCACCAGCUUUCUUCUCCUGUCUGCCAGCAGGGGGCGCUGCUGAACGUGUAAAUUGUGGUUCUGUGGUUUGUGUUGCCUUGGGUCGUAACGACUUGGUUUUGUUCUGCUGCAUCAAAGCACAAAUUUCUCCUAAAGGUUCUAACAGGCUCUGACAGAAGCUUGAACUCAACAAACGGGUUUCUGCUGAGAAGAAGGCUGCGUCUGCGAUCUCUUUGAGGGUCAAACGCGGAAACAAGGAACACGACGACAUCCGGAGAUGUUAUGCAGAUUUAUCAACCUGUAAAUAGACAAGAAACUGUUUGGGAUUAAAUGUGAAAACUGGAAGAACGCCCAGAAGGUUCUUCAGCAGCAGGUCUCCUCCUCUUCCUGCUCACCGGGUCUUUUGUCCUGCUGAUAAGAUCCAGUUCUUCGCUGCUUCCUGGAGACGUGAAGAACUCCGACCAGACUCGUGUGAACCUGUGAUUGAUCCCGGUACCUUCAGCCUCCUCUGGAAUCGGGUCACCGUGACAUUCAGCAGCGCAGCCCCAGAAGUACAUCAGUAACUGUGACGGUCAGCAGAUCUAAAGCUAAAUAGAGUUUCAGAAUUUGGACAAAACUGGUAGCAUCUGUGGGAAGGUUCUGGGUCAGGGCAUUUACUGAGUCCAGAACCGAAACUUCAGGGAGGUUCUGGUACAGAGAGUUUUUUUUUUUUAAUUCAAGUCCUCUCUCAGGUUUCCUAUCUGCUUGUGUCCCUAUUGGUCCAUCAGGUCCUGCAGGAUGUGAUGUCACCCCAUGUUUCCUGUGACAGAGAUCCCAAAACAUCCUCCAGAAAUAACCUGAGAUCAAAUGUGAAGCUUCUGGUGCCGUUAAUCCUUCAUCACAUCCUGUGGAGAGCAUUAUUACAGUGUCAUCAAACACUAAUAUUAGUGUUUUUACUGUAAUGUUGCUGCAUUAUUACAGUGUAACCAUGUGACCAUUAACUUGAUUUUUGCACUUUAUUCAACAUUGUUUACGUCAGAUUUGUUCUCAUAUUGUUUUUUACAGUAUUAUUACUGUAAUGUUGGAGUAUAUUACAGUAAUAUUGAUAUUUAAGUAAUGGUAUUCCAUUAGUGUUGGUGUCAUUACAGCAGUAUUACUGUAAUAAUACAGUAAUAUUUUGUGUUUUGAUGUGACCACCCAAAGCUUUACCCGAUUCUGUGAUCAUUGUGGUUUUUACACUUUGUUCAUCGACCCUCUUUACGUCACAUUUGUUCUUAUAAACUGUAUAUUUUUGCACGUUUGGGCUCAGCCGAGUCUACUAUUCAAUAAAUAACCGGGCCAGUUCUGGUCGGCCCUGGGAAGACCGAUAAUAAUCUUAAAGUAGUCAGUAGGUUGUAGGUGUUUAGAAAGAAACUCAGGAUGAACCUGCUCCUCUUCCUCCUUUCCCCUGAACUUGGUUCCUGUGCCUAAUCGUAUGAGUGAUUCUCAAGCUAACGACUGACUGAUUAAAAGCUGCUGCAUUUACUCUAUAAGGUUUGUGUUGUUAAUGUUGGAUUAAACUCCUUGUGGUGAUGUUUGAAA